AGCGGAGGAACCGGCGGCGGCUUCAAGGACAUCCCGGGAACGUCGGCGGUCAGCCCCGGCUCCUCCAAGCAGUGCGCCCCGGACACCGAGAGCCCGUCGGGGACCGGCGAGGCGGAUUAUUGCCGCCGCAUCCUGGUGCGAGAUGCCAAAGGGACGAUCCGGGAGAUCGUGCUGCCCAAGGGGCUGGACCUGGACCGGCCCAAGCGGACGCGGACGUCCUUCACGGCGGAGCAGCUCUACCGCCUGGAGCUGGAAUUCCAGCGCUGCCAGUACGUGGUGGGCCGGGAAAGGACGGAGUUAGCGCGGCAACUCAACCUCUCCGAGACGCAGGUUGGGGACAUCGCGGUGGCCGUGUCCCUGAGCUCUCGGAGGUGGCGACGGGACGUGUGCGGCGUUCCUGGCGAUGGUUUUCCUGGGAAUGCUUGGGAUGCGGCUCCCUUUCCCGAGGGUCUCUCCGUGGGCUUGGCCGUGCCCCCCAAUGCCCGCGAAGCUGCUCCUGACUUUUCCCUGAUGGGAACGCUGAAGGGAAAGGGGCCACCAGGGCUGGGAUUUGUUGUGCCUGUGGAUGUUUGGGAAGAGGAGGAGGGGGGAGGAAGGAUGAUUCAUCCCGGCGAGGAGGGAAUGUGA